CAGGGGCCGCACAGACAAGGUCCAGCCGCCCACCAGCCAGAGAGCCACCAGAGGCGAAGGAAAGGGAGGCUGGACAGCAAGCCAACAUGGGCCAAGCUCUGCAGGUCAAGAGGUGCCACUUCCAGCCGGCCCAGAACAACCAGGCCCACCGGACAGCUUCCAUCAGCACUGAGCGCCUGGUGGUCCGGCGCGGACAGCCCUUCACCCUCACCAUCCACUUUGCCAAGCCAGUGCCAGCAGGACAGUGGUCAAAGGUCCUGAAGGCCACCACCCUCAUGGCACAGAAGACAGGACAGUGGCUGACCAGAGCAGAGGGCAGCCUGGCACAGUUCCCUGUUGCCAGCCUCGGUGGCCAGACUGCCGGAUGGGAAGCUGCCCUGGAAUCUCGAAGUGACCUUUCAUGGACAGUGGCAGUGACCUCCCCAGCCGAUGCCCCCAUUGGGCACUACGUCCUGCUGCUGAGGCAGCUCUCGGCCUGGGGGGCCCGAGCAACCCAGCACCCGCUGGGCACCUUCACUCUGCUCUUCAACCCCUGGUGCCCAGGUGACUGUGUCUUCCUGGGCAACGAAGCCCAGCGGGAGGAAUAUAUUCUCAAUGAAGAAGGGACCAUCUUCUGGGGGCUGGAUGAAGACCCCCAGCAGCACCCUUGGGACUUUGGACAAUUUUCAGAAGAUUUUGUGGACAUGAGCCUGGCCCUGCUGGACAUCAGCCUACUCUGGCUGCAGAAGGAGACCCUAUGCAAUCACCUGAGGAGCCCCUUCCAUGUCUGCCGACUGGUCAACACCAUGCUGAACAGCCAGACCCACCACCCCGUCCUGGAGGGGUGCUGGUCAGGGGAGUACAGCAGAGAUGGGACACCUCCCUCCAAGUGGCCAGGCAGUGGCCCAAUCCUGCGCCAAUGGUUGGCCGGCCGGUGCCAGCCAGUGCGCUAUGGACAGUGCUGGGUCUUUGCGGCUGUCAUAUGCUCAGUGCUGAGGAGCCUGGGCAUCCCCACACGGGUGGUCAGCAACUUCGCCUCAGCCCAAGACACAGCCGGCAGCCUGCAAGUGGAUGAGCUCUUCGACGAAAGCGCAGCCAUGAUCCCUGGCACCUCGGAGGCCAGAGUCUGGCCCUUCCAUGUGUGGAACGAGUGCUGGAUGGAGCGUGGGGAUCUGGAGUCAGGCUAUGGUGGGUGGCAAGCCCUGGACGCCACGCCUCAGGGUCAGCAGAGCGGGCUGUCACGGUGCUGUGGGCCAGCUCCAGUUCGGGCCAUCAAGGAGGGCCGCCUGGACCUGCCCUACGAUGUGGGCGCCUUCUUUGCUGCCACAAAUGCCACGCGGACCGCCUGGGUGCAUCAGGCCAGUGGAGAGUCCAAGCGGGCCUUUGCCAGCAUGAAAUUCGUGGGCAGCUAUAUCAGCACCAAAGGAGUGGGCAUAGAGUGCUGUGAGGACCUCACCCAACAUUACAAAUACCCAGAAGGGUCUCCGCAGGAGAAGGAUGUCUUCCGGAAGGUGUGCCAGUUGCUGGGGGGUGUGCUCCCACUCCCAGAAGGGACAGAAGAGCCUCUGCUGGCUGCCCAGAUCAAGGCCAAGAGCCCCCUGGCGCUGGGGGAGGAGGCCCAGGUCUCCUUGCAGGUAGCCAACUGGACUGGCCAGGAAAAGAACCUUCAGGUGGUGCUAGGGGCGCAGCCCUUCCAGUAUAACGGGAAGCCCCUCACCCAGUUCUGGAAGGAAGAGUCCCUGGUCAGCGUCCCAGACGGUCAAGAGCAACGGCUGAGCUUCACCCUGCCCUUCACGGAAUACGGCCCAGCCCUGCGCAGCAGUCUCUUGCUCAGGUUCACAGCUCUCCUGAGAGACACAACCUCCAGCGCCAGCCAGACAAGGCAGCCCACAUACCUGGCCUGGCAGGACAUCCGCCUUUUGCCCCCAGAGCUCACCCUUCAGGUCCCAGAGCACCUGGUGCAGUUCCAGCCAGCAGAGGCCACGAUCCAGCUGCACAACCCUCUGCCAGAGCCCCUGCCAGACUGCGUGGUCUCCCUUUCUGGGAGGGGGCUCAUCUACAGAGAGAGGCACUACAGGCCAGGCCCUGUACCAGCAGGUGGCUCCGUCGUCCUCUGCCUCCCCUUCACACCCAGCCAGGCCGGGGGCCGGAGGCUGACCGCCCGCCUGGAGGUGCCUCUGCUCCAGCACCACUCAGGAUGCUUCAGGACCACCUGGGUCACCGCAGCCCCUCAGCCCUGAGGCAGAGGGACAGAAGGACAUCUCCCAUCCAUGUCACUCGGAAACAUUCAUUCAUUAAAGGCACUGAACACA